UCUUCAUCCCCACAAUGCACCGGGUUACACAGCAAUGCAUCCUGGGACAAAGAAGGUGUCGUUGUAGUUGAGGAGUCAUUGAGAGAGAGGAGUUUUCUUUCUCACGGUUUUUCUUAAAUAGCUUUUUUUUUAUAUCAGUAAUAACGUUGUUAACAAACUACACUGAGUCGUGUGAAUGCAGUGGGGAGAAAUGGGAGCUGAUAAACGGAUUAGUCGGACUGAACGUAGCGGUAGAUAUGGCUCUGAGCAAUCCCGUGAUGAUUCAGAAUGGCGCGACAGACGAGAGAGGGACCCGGAGCGUGAUCACAACAUGCGCCGCUGGGGCGAAGAGAGACGUAGUGAUCGUUUUGAAGGAGAUCGUCGAGGAUCGAGAGACAGUCCAGAGCAAAGAGAAAGGAAACGACGUAACAGUGAUAGAUCAGAAGAUGGUUAUCACUCCGAUGGCGACUACCCAGAGCAGGAUUACAGGAGGGAUCCUGGGGAGGAGAAGAAGAGCAAGACCAUCAUGCUCUGGGGCCUGGCUCCUCAUAUCACGGACGACGAUAUUUGUUAUUCCAUAGACCAACUGGAGGGACCACAGCCAGUGGAUGUCAGGCUGAUGAAGAAGAAAACAGGUAUAAGCCGUGGUUUCGCCUUCGUGGACUUUUAUCACUUGCAAGAUGCUACCCGAUGGAUGGAGACCAAUCAGAAACGUCUGACCAUCCAAGGCAAAAACGUGGACAUGCACUACAGUCACCCCAGAAACAAGUAUGAAGACUGGCUCUGCAACACUUGUGGCCUGUACAAUUUCCGGAGGAGGCUGAAGUGCUUCAGGUGUGGAGCAGCCAAAGCCGACAGUGAAAACGGCAAUAAUAGUGGAGUCUCUGAAACUCAACCCACCGGAGAUUUCUAUGGCGACACAAUCAUCCUGAGAAAUAUUGCUCCUCUGGCCACCGUGGACGCCAUCUUGACAACCUUAGCACCAUAUGCGAAUCUUUCAUCUAACAACAUUCGCCUCAUCAAGGACAAGCAGACAGGCCAGAACAGAGGCUUUGCCUUUGUGCAGCUGUCCUCUCCUCUGGAGGCCUCCCAGCUGCUAACCAUCUUACAGGGACUGCAGCCGCCUUUAAAACUGGAUGGAAAAACCAUUGGGGUGGAUUAUGCUAAGAGCGCUAGAAAGGACCUUUUACUACCCGACGGGAACCGCGUCAGUGCCUUCUCUGUGGCCAGCACCGCCAUUGCUGCAGCCCAGUGGUCUUCAAGUCAGCCACAGCAGAGCACAGAGGGAAUGUCAGAGUACAGCUACCUGGAAGAAGGCUAUACUCCACUGUCUCAGGAGUACCAGAUGUACUACCAGCAAGGAGCAGGACCCAGCACCUCCCAGGGAAAUGGGAUUCUAGGAGCUGCCCCACCUGGAGUUGUAAUGGCACAGAAUGCACAAGUCUACCAACCCCAUAUCAUUGGACAGCCAGCUGUUCAGGGAUUGUCACUUGCUCAGCAAUUUGAUGUAAAAGGCCACUCAGGACAUCAUCCAGGCAUUGACGGUGCAUCUGUGCCUUUUGGCCUUGUAGCUGCUGCCACGGUUACCGGCAGUACAUCAACAGCCUCAGGACAGACAGCUGACACCAGCACUGUUCCUGACACGUCCACCUAUCAGUAUGAUGAGUCCUCUGGCUACUAUUAUGAUCCUCAAACUGGCCUCUACUAUGAUCCAAACACUCAUUAUUACUACAACUCUCAAACCCAGCAGUAUCUCUACUGGGACACUGAGAAGCAGACAUACGUACCUGCCUCAACCGACGCAAAUGCUGGACCAAAUGAUAACACCGGAGCAGGCAGCAAAGAGGGCAAGGAGAAAAAGGAAAAACCCAAAAGCAAGACUGCUCAGCAGAUUGCUAAAGACAUGGAGCGGUGGGCUAAAAGUCUCAACAAGCACAAAGAUAACUUCAGGAGUAGCUUUCAGCCUAUUAGUCAAGAAGAGAGGAAGGAGGCAGCAGCUGCUGAUGCUGGCUUCAUACUGUUUGAAAAGAAGCCGGCAGGAAGUAUAGACCGACUAAUGCCAGAAGUGCCAAGGGGCCCUGAGGAGGAGCCACCAACCAGCUCAGCCAACACUUCUAAGUGUGGCCUUGUGGCUGCCUACAGCGGAGACAGUGACCCUGAGGAGGGAGCAGCAGCAGAGCCUGAUGGUGGUGAAGGAGGCCAGGACAAGAUGACAGACUGGACAAAGCUGGCCUGCUUGCUGUGUAGGAGACAGUUUCCUAACAAAGACAGUCUAAUGCGACAUCAGCAACUCUCUGACCUCCACAAGAAAAACUUGGAGGUUCUCCAGAGAUCCAAAAUGACCGACGCAGAGCUGGAAGAGUGGGAGAGAAAAGAAACUGAGCUGAAAUACAGAGACCGUGCGGCUGAGAGGAGAGAAAAAUAUGGCAUCCCUGAACCCCCGGCACCUAAAAAGAAGAAGUUUAGUCAACCGGCACCAGUCGUUAACUAUGAACAGCCCACUAAAGACGGCCUUAACAGUGACAAUAUCGGGAACAAAAUGCUGCAGGCCAUGGGAUGGAAGGAGGGUAAAGGUCUCGGUCGCAACCAGCAGGGCAUCACUACCCCAAUUGAGGCCCAGUUGAGAACAAAGGGAGCCGGACUUGGCACUAAAGGCACCAACUACACCCUCUCUGCUUCAGACACGUACAAAGACGCAGUCCGCAAAGCCAUGUUUGCUCGCUUCACUGAAUUAGAGUAGGUCGCUAGUCUCAGGCUCAUUGAGCUUUGAUUUGUCGUCACGCCUGCAGAUCAUUUGCUUCAUUUUGAGAUGAAGCUCCGAAGAAGCAAAACACAGGUUCUCCCUUAAGGCAUCAUACAUGGAGAGAAAUAAUUUUGUCAAAAUGGUUAAACGGACAAUAAAACAAAUGUGUAAUGGCGGCAUAUUAGGAUGGCGAAUAGUAUAAUUUAUAAGUUGUACAUAGGCAAAGUAAAUUUACUUCCCGUGUUUACAUAUUUCUUCUGUGUCAUUGCCAUUUUUUUUGCCUCCGCAUGUUAAAGAGAUUGUACAGUUUAUACAAAAAUUGUCUGUUUGUACAGAGAAUAAAUGACAUACGUGAUUUA